AUGUCACAUCAACGCAAAGAUAAUCGCCAUCAUCCAUACCGUUCCCCAUCAGUAUCAUCGACCUUAUCAAAUAGCAACAGAAACUACGCACGUCCAGACGGUGUUUUGCUUUUCCAAGCUGAUCAAGAAACUGAGGAAGAUCGCCGAAUUCAAGAAAACCCCCCGUAUAAAUUAACACUCACCGAAGAGGCUUUAUUCGCUCCCGGCAAACGUAAAUCAGUCAGUAAAAUCCCUCGGCCGUUGAAUCGAUUUUUACUGUUUAGAAGGGAUUUCGAAGCUAGAUAUCGGGCAGAGAACCAGAAUCGUCAAUUAGAUGCCGCUUUUUUAGCACCCAUGGCGAAAGACGCAUGGAAGUUGUUAUCCGAUGAGGGAAAGCACUAUUUUAUGUUGUUGCAGAAAAAAGGUGCGAGAAAACACAGAGAAAAGUAUCCCGACUAUAAAUACGCCCCCAGGAGAACAGGCAGAAAACCCAGGAAAAAUAGAUUUACUGGAAAGUACCGCGAAGCCAACUUGGAACAUAGUGAUACUAGCAUUGUGUUAUCACCGUCGCAGUCACCGGUUGACUUGUCACCGAUUAACACAACUCCAACCGAUACUGUUCCCGAAACGAUACCAUCGACACAGUCUGUACCGGCAAUAUAUCUAAACUAUAGCGGCUUAUCGACACCACCAUCGCUCUAUUCUCAACUCAUCUUCUCUGACAGUGAUCAUUUUUCACCCGAUGAAUCCAACUCGUUGGUAAAUUCGUUUGUUAUUGACGAACAACUUUCUCUGCAGAUAUCUGUACCGUAUUCUUGUUCGACUAGCCCUAUAUCCCCGACUCAACACUUUCAACUGCCAUUCCCAUUCAUUGACGAGCAUUAUGCGUUUGAAUUAUACGAUGAAAGCGCAGCAGUACCUGAUGCAUACAUAAUGUAUCCAUCUGACACAUCGUCUGAAUAUGACAUACACAACUAA